AUGAAAAUUGUAUCUUCCUGUGAUGAAGAUGGAGCACCGGUUGUCUCACCUUCUUUUGUUGAAGACGUAGAAAAAACCCCAUUUGUUGAUCCUGAUAAUGAAUUAGCCGCCAAGAAACUUCAACAAACACUAGAUACUUUAUAUGUUCAUAACCCAAUACCAAUUAAAGAUUUGUUAGAGCUUGAAGAAAAAAUAGAAAUACAUCAAGAAUUUAAUGAUGAAAGUUUUAUCCAAGCCGCUACAGAAAUAAAAAAUGCAGAAAAUGAAAUCACAGUACAACCCUUAACUAGAAAGGAACAGUUAGAUAUUUUGCAUGGUGCUCUGAGAAUUGUUGAUAAAAGAAUUGAUGACGGAGAUCUGAAGAGAAGAAGCUGA